UUUUAAAAAGUUAAUGAUAGGAAAAUAGAAGAAGAACCACAAAGCCUGGGCCCUCCGUCUGUAUCUUGAGAGUUGCAGGACACUUGGUUCCAUCACCCAGGGUGUGAUGAGGAUUAACUCACAUGACGUGAGGUGCCCAGCACAGUGCUGUCACAUACUUCUGAGCACCCAGGGCCUGCUUAAUAAACACUGCAUUCAUACAUGUGUACACAUUGUUUUCCAAAUGCAGACAGACUCAGACAUUGCUUCCUUCUCCAGCCCUGGAAAACUUUAAAGAGCCAGGAAAUAAUGUAAUCUUUCAGAAUAGAGAUUGGCUAUCUCCGUUUGCACCAGAAGAACUUAUGUUGUGGUCAGAGGGUUGGGUGUAACAGACUGUGCUGGAGCUGCUUUCUUUAGCUGAGUGUUAAUGAUCACAAGUCUUGGGGGAGCAGCAUCACCAUUAAUGGCAGAACUGUUAAAAAUCCAACCCAUGAACCCCUUUGAAAUCUUCAGAAUCUCAUGACUCAGAGUGGGGCCAAAAUUACCAAAAGAUUCAUAUGCACAUUGAAGCUUGAGAAGCAAGGUUUAGCUAAAUGGUUCUCAGCCUGGCUUCUAAUUAAAUCACAUGGACAACUCAAAAAAAGGCCCUCAUCUUUGCCCCCACAGAUUCUGCCUAUUGGUUUGGGUGGAAGCACCAGUGCUGUUUAAAUCACAUGCCUCAUGGGAUUCUAAGAUGUGGCCAGAAUCAGUGAUGGGGGUUUCAGAUGCAUUUGUAUGAUUGAGCUCAGCCUUGGUUCCAAAGGGAGGUCACAGGGCCUUCUUUGCCUAGGUUUCAGAGGCCAGCUUAGUGCAGCUUAUACUCCAAUUGCCGAAGCAGAAUUGCUGUUGUUCAGCAGGGGAGGGAACCUGAGAGCAGGAAGAGAGAACACAUUUUGAUCUCCAUAUAGAAGGUGUGCUUUGUCCAGAGAAUCUUUCCUAAGAGGAAAUCCCAGAGAAGCAGGAGAAAGAGAAAGAAAUGGCUGGUGCUCAGACACUGUUGACAUUCAGGGAUGUGGCCAUAGAAUUCUCCCUGGAGGAGUGGAAAUGCCUGGACCUUGCUCAGCAGAAUUUGUACAGGGAUGUGAUGUUGGAGAACUACAGAAACUUGUUCUCCAUUGGUCUCACUGUCUCUAAGCCAGGCCUGAUCACCUGCUUGGAGCAAAGAAAAGAGCCUUGGAAUGUGAAGAGACAGGAGGCAGUAGACGGACAUCCAGAGAUGGGAUUUCACCAUGCUACUCAGGCUUGUCUCGAACUCCUGCGCUCAAGCGAUCUGCCCACCUCAGCCUCCCAAAGUGCUGGGAUUACAGGUGUGAACCACCGUGGCCAGCCUAGCCUCAAGGUUUCUGUGGACAAAUUCACUGCUAUGUCUUCUCAUUUUACCCAAGACGUUUUGCCAGAGCAGGGCAUACAAGAUGCAUUCCCAAAAACAAUACUGAGAGGAUAUGGAAAUUGUGGCCUUGAUAAUUCACACUUAAGGAAAGACUGGAGAAGUUUAGAUGAGUAUAAGUUGCAAAAAGAUUAUAAUGGACUUAACCAAUGUUCAUCAACUACCCAUAGCAAAAUCUUUCAAUGUAAUAAAUAUGUUAAAAUCUUUGAUAACUUUUCAAAUGUACAUAGACAUAAUAUAAGUAAUACUGGAGAGAAACGUUUCAAAUGUCAAGAAUGUGGCAAAUCCUUUCAAAUGUUCUCAUUCCUAACUGAACAUCAGAAAAUUCAUGCUGGAAAAAAAUUCCAAAAAUGUGGAGAAUGUGGCAAAACCUUUAUCCAGUGCUCACACUUUACUGAACAUGAGAACAUUGACACUGGAGAGAAACCUUACAAGUGUCAAGAAUGUGACAACGUCGUUAAAACUUGCUCAGUCCUUCCUAAAAAUAGAAUUUAUGCCGGAGGGGAACAUUACAGAUGUGAAGAAUUUGGCAAAGUACUUAACCAGUGCUCCCACCUUACUGAACAUGAGCGUGGUGCUGAGGAAAAACCCUGCAAAUAUGAAGAGUGCAGCAGUGUCUUUAUCUCUUGCUCAAGCCUUUCUAAUCAACAGAUGAUUCUUGCUGGAGAGAAACUCUCCAAAUGUGAAACAUGGUACAAGGGUUUUAACCACGGCCCAAAUCCUUCCAAACACCAGAGAAGUGAGAUUGGAGGGAAACCUUUCAAAUGUGAGGAAUGUGACAGCAUCUUCAAAUGGUUCUCAGACCUUACUAAGCAUAAGAGAAUUCACACUGGUGAGAAACCAUACAAAUGUGACGAAUGUGGGAAAGCCUAUACACAGUCCUCACACCUCAGUGAACACAGGAGGAUUCACACCGGAGAGAAACCCUACCAAUGUGAAGAAUGUGGGAAAGUCUUCAGAACUUGCUCAAGCCUUUCUAACCAUAAGAGAACUCAUUCUGAAGAAAAACCCUACACGUGUGAAGAAUGUGGCAACAUCUUUAAGCAGUUAUCAGACCUCACUAAGCAUAAGAAAACCCAUACUGGAGAGAAACCCUACAAAUGUGACGAAUGUGGAAAAAACUUUACCCAGUCCUCCAAUCUUAUUGUACACAAGAGAAUUCAUACUGGAGAGAAACCCUACAAAUGUGAAGAAUGUGGCAGAGUCUUUAUGUGGUUCUCAGACAUUACCAAGCAUAAGAAAACCCAUACUGGAGAGAAACCGUACAAAUGUGAAGAAUGUGGAAAGAACUUUACCCAGUCCUCAAACCUUAUUGUACAUAAGAGAAUUCAUACUGGAGAGAAACCCUACAAGUGUGAUAAGUGUGGCAAAGCCUUCACCCAGUUCUCACACCUGACUGUACAUGAAAGCAUUCAUACUUGAGAAAAAAAUUAACAAAUAUAAAAAUAGGCAAAGCCGUUAGUAUCCGCUCACAUCCUACUUUACAUCAGAGUUCAGACUUAAUAAAGUUAUUAUAAAUGUAAUGGCUGUUGAAAGACCUUUCAUGAAAUAUAAGUCUCCAGAGCACACAAGAGUAUUUCUUCUGAAAAAAAUGUUACAAUUAUGUUUUAUACUAGAUGGAAGACUUGCAUCAGUUGCUUAAACUUUCAGAAAAUUUGUAGAGAAACUCAACAAAUGUCAUAAAUGUGAAAUAACAUUUGUUCAAAAAUGAUAGCUUAGAAAACACUAGAGUUCUUACUAAAAGAUAUUUUGCAAAUACAGUAAAUGGGAAAAAAAGCAAAAUCCAAUUUAAGUAAACAUUGGAGGAUUUGAAGGAGAAAGGAAUAGAGCACGGACAUGUUCAGAAAUGACACUGAAUCCCUGUGUUGAGUCUACAGAGACAUCUCGACUUAAAACAGAUCAUUCAUAUUUAAGUUUAAAAGGAGGAUGAGACAGUUUUUGUAGAGUUAUAAUUACAUUCAAAAUAUACUUUUUUUGCAUUGAAAAAAUGUUAAAUUUUUGAAAAGCGAAUAUUGAUGUCAUUCAAUUCUCAAAUCAGUUGAUGCUGUGUCUUCAUUUCUAGUGUGUUGUGAAAACACAUGGUCAAUUGUUGCGGCAUCAGAGAUAUGAGAAAUUCCUUUCUAUUAGGUAUGCAUCACUGAUAUGCUUGUCCGUGAAAGGUGAAAGACACUGAAAUGUAAGAUGCGUGAGUAAAAUCUUGGUAGAGAGGC